ACCCGCGCGCCCCGCCCGCGGGCGGAAGCGAGAGCGAGGCUGAACGCCUGACGUCAAGGCGACACCGCCAAACCUCGCCCUGAGUCAGGCGUGUAAACCAGCCGGAGCGGCGGCAGCGUUAGCGGCAGCGGCAGCGGCAGGACUGCCGUGGCGCCGGGAGUAGCGACCCGGAGGAAGCGCGGGGCGACGCUGGCUGCGGGGACCCGGUGACAGCGUGAGAGGUACUAAGUUUGACAGGUUUGCAUCAUGCGUGAGUAUAAGCUAGUCGUUCUUGGCUCAGGAGGUGUUGGAAAGUCUGCUCUGACUGUACAAUUUGUUCAAGGAAUUUUUGUUGAAAAAUAUGAUCCUACGAUAGAAGAUUCUUAUAGAAAGCAAGUUGAAGUAGAUGCACAACAGUGUAUGCUUGAAAUCUUGGAUACUGCAGGAACGGAACAAUUUACAGCAAUGAGGGAUUUAUACAUGAAGAAUGGACAGGGCUUUGCAUUAGUUUAUUCCAUCACAGCACAGUCCACAUUUAACGACUUGCAAGAUCUGAGAGAACAGAUUCUUCGAGUUAAAGACACUGAUGAUGUUCCAAUGAUUCUGGUCGGUAAUAAGUGUGACUUGGAAGAUGAAAGAGUUGUAGGAAAGGAACAAGGUCAAAAUCUAGCAAGACAAUGGAACAACUGUGCAUUCUUAGAAUCUUCUGCAAAAUCAAAAAUAAAUGUUAAUGAGAUCUUUUAUGACCUAGUGCGGCAAAUUAACAGAAAAACUCCAGUGCCUGGGAAGCCUCGCAAAAAGUCAUCAUGUCAGCUACUUUAAUGUACAAAAUGCAUUGUAGCUCUGAGCCAGGUCUGAAGAACUGUUGCCCAAUUCAACAGUGCCAGCAUUCCAACUUUGUUAAACCUACCAACAUCUUAAAUGGACUUUCCUGUGGUGGUACCCUUUAAGAGGCGGAUGAAAGCUACUAUAUCAGUUUGCACAUUCUAAUCACUUUCCAGUAUCACAAGAGAGAUUUUUACUUAUAUAAUAGUCCUAGAGUAUGCAGCUGGUAAAACCAGAGGCUACAUCCAGUAUUACUGCUAAGAGACAUUCUUCAUCCACCAAUGUUGUACAUGUAUGAAAAUGGUGUACUGUAUACUUUAACAUGCCCCAUACUUUGUAUUGGAGAGUACAAUAAUGUAAAUCCUAAAAGCACCACUAUUUUAGCAUAAUAAAAGAAAGUCCAAAGAGCUCCUAUAUAGACUA